AUGUCGGACAAGGUGGAGAUCAACAAGCACGGGCGACCGGGCAUGAUGAUGAUUGCGUUCGAGGAGAAGGACGUGCUGGACUUCGCGACGGGCAAGAAGACGCUCGCGGACGCGAAGGACCAGGCGGAGUUUGACAGAGUUCAAGUGAAGAUCAAGUCGAUCAUCAUGGCAUCGCUGUCCAUGGAGUUGGGGCAGCAGGUGAUGUUGAACAAGACCGGCACCGAGAUGUGGAAGUAUCUCGAGGACAUCUACGAGGGCAAGACGAAUGCGGCCACGCGGGCCAACCAGGAGAUCAUUCUGUUCAACCGCUUGCAGACGGCGAAGUGCAAGGCGGGUGAAGACGUCGGCCAGCACGUGGACAAGUUGUUCACGAUCAAGGUGCAGUUGGAGGCGCUGAAUGCGGGCUCAUUGCCGAAGGACGAACGAUUCGACCGCCUCAAGGGCAUGAUGGAGAGUGGGUCGAAGAAGAUGGACUCGCCGGAGAAGGCGAGGGACCAGAUUCUCCGCAUGGAGAGUUACAACAAGAAGGACCGUUUGCUUGGUGCAUACGGCCAAGGAUCGAGUGGUGGUGGUGGUGGUAACCAGCAAGGAGCGCAAGGGGCGACUCGAGCGGCGAAUUGGAAGCAGGGGGCUUGCUUCAAUUGCCACCAGACUGGCCAUCGCUUCAGCGAAUGUCCAGGCUUAGCCAUGGACGCGGACGUGGACGCCAAGGACAAGGUCAAGGACGUCAACGAGGUCAAGGCGGGCGUGGAGUGA